CCGGCUGGUUGGCGUCAUACGAAGUCCAUUUAUCAGCCCCCCUCUUCGGUUUGCAGAAAAGUUUCGAUGAAACGUUGGACCAGCACUUCAUCCUGAUUUCCACCACGGCUGGAAUUCGAUUCCCGUUUGUUGCCUUCACCACCCGAUUCAUUCAUUCACUGGGAGUACUGCCAUUCAGACGAAUUUUGAAUACGUACCUGUCGCCGCCUGGCCAGCUGGAUUUUUUUUUGGACCAGGGAAGUUUUGAUAUAAAAGGACUUCCUCCAUUGCCACUUUUCCCCCUCGAAGCUUGCUUUUUCUCGAAACAAAGCAACCCCACCGAGCAGAUCUACUACACUAAUUCUUGGUCUGCCUCGACACUUUUUUUUUUCCGACUUUGCAACAGCUUGUGCUUCCUCUUUUCAGCAGCCGAGGCACAAGCUCAGGUACCCUUCGUCGACGACAACCGACCAAACUCAUCUCACACAGCGCCUCAAGUAUCCACCAACUCCGGCCUUAAAUAUAUAUCAACAAUGGCUUCCAACCAAGAUAAUAAGGCUGUCGCUCCCGACGCCGCCGCUCCCGCCGGCCAGUCCACCACCACCACGACCACCAACGACAACAGCGAGCGCAACUUGCCCAAAGAGGGCGAAUACAUCCAAUGGCGUACUCUCCCAGCUGGCAACCCCGACCAGUUGAACCGCUGGUCGCACUUUUUGACUCGUGAGCAUGAGUUUCCUGGAGCUCAGGCCAUGCUCUACGGCGCCGGUGUCCCGAAUAAGGACAUGAUGAAGAAGGCGCCGCAUGUCGGCAUUGCGACGGUCUGGUGGGAGGGCAACCCCUGCAACACCCAUUUGCUGGAUCUUGGCCAAAAGGUCAAGAAGGCCGUUGAGCGCGAGAAGAUGCUUGCGUGGCAGUUCAACACCAUUGGUGUCUCGGAUGGUAUCACCAUGGGCGGAGAGGGCAUGCGCUACUCGCUUCAGUCUCGCGAGAUCAUCGCCGACUCCAUCGAGACCGUGACGUGCGCUCAGCAUCAUGACGCCAACAUCUCCAUUCCCGGCUGCGACAAGAACAUGCCCGGUGUCAUCAUGGCCGCGGCCCGCCACAACCGUCCCUUCGUCAUGAUCUACGGCGGCACCAUGCGCGGCGGCCACUCGGAGCUCCUCGACCGCCCCAUCAACAUCGUCACUUGCUACGAGGCUUCCGGCGCUUACACGUAUGGCCGUCUCAAGCCCGCUUGCCCCAACAGCACCGCCACCCCUUCGGACGUCAUGGACGACAUCGAGCAGCACGCCUGCCCCGGCGCCGGCGCCUGCGGCGGCAUGUACACCGCCAACACCAUGGCGACCGCCAUCGAAGCCAUGGGCCUCACCGCACCGGGCUCCUCUUCUUUCCCUGCCUCUUCGCCCGAAAAGUUCCGCGAGUGCGAAAAAGCCGCCGAGUACAUCAAGAUCUGUAUGGAGAAGGACAUUCGCCCGCGCGACCUCUUGACCAAGGCCUCGUUCGAGAACGCCCUCGUGCUCACCAUGAUCCUCGGCGGUUCUACCAAUGGCGUUCUGCACUACCUCGCCAUGGCCAACUCGGCCGACGUCGACUUGACUCUGGACGACAUCAACCGCGUCUCAGCCAAGACGCCCUUUUUGGCUGACAUGGCCCCCUCCGGCAGGUACUACAUGGAAGACCUGUACAAAGUCGGCGGCACCCCCGCGGUCCUCAAGAUGCUCAUCGCCGCAGGCUAUAUCGAUGGCACCAUCCCCACUAUCACCGGCAAGUCUUUGGCGGAAAACGUAUCCGACUGGCCUAGUCUCGACCCCGAUCAAAAAAUCAUCCGCCCCCUUGACAACCCCAUCAAGUCCCAGGGGCAUAUCCGUGUCUUGUACGGAAACUUCUCCCCCGGUGGUGCGGUCGCCAAGAUUACAGGCAAGGAAGGUCUCUCCUUCACCGGCAAAGCCCGUUGUUUCAACAAGGAAUUCGAGCUCGACGCCGCCUUGAAGAACUCGGAAAUUACCCUCGAGCAAGGAAACCAGGUCCUCAUCGUGCGGUACGAAGGACCCAAAGGCGGUCCAGGUAUGCCAGAGCAACUGAAGGCUUCAGCGGCGAUCAUGGGCGCGGGCCUGACGAAUGUCGCGCUGGUGACGGAUGGUCGGUACUCUGGUGCGUCGCAUGGGUUUAUUGUGGGCCAUGUGGUCCCCGAGGCGGCGACGGGGGGGCCGAUUGCGCUGGUGAAGGACGGGGAUUUGAUUACGAUUGAUGCGGUUAGGAACCGGAUUGAUGUCGUCAAGACUGUGGAAGGCGUCGAGGGUGAGGAAGAGAUUGCCAAGGUGUUGGAGGAGAGAAAGAAGGGGUGGAAGGCGCCGAAGAUGAAGCCGACGAGGGGGGCGUUGGCCAAGUAUGCGAGGUUGGUGGGGGAUGCGUCGCAUGGGGCUGUUACUGAUUUGGGUGGGGAUGCCUAUUAGUAGGAUGGGAUGGGAUGGGAUAGAUGGCGGACGGCGGCGGCUUUCUACACUACGACGUGGGCGGAUAGAGGAUGUUUCUUUCGAGAGAGAUUCAUAUAGAUGGUAGCAUCUCGUUUUGCGUUGCCUUAGGUUUUGGCCUUGUUUUUCUUCCUGCUUGCAUUUGUUCGGCUCCAUGCAGUGGCGUCUAGGAGAGGGUCUUUGUCUUUAUACAUUGUGGCAGGGAGGAAGAAGAAUAUGAAGGAGAAAAAUAAAAGAUGACAUCAGGUAGACAGA